AUGAAUAGGCGGAGUGUCCUGGUUUCAGAUGGGUCCACGGAUGACGUCGAGUGUUUGAUUGAGUGUGAAGAGCCAUUGGGAGAGCAUGUCGGACGAGUCGGCGGAGAGGAGCACUCUUACCUCUUCUUCUCGACAACACUUCCUAUAGUUCCAUCCUCCGCAUCGACAAGAAUCUCAAUGACGAAUGAAUCCGGUCUCGGACACAAAUCCGCCGAGCAUUUCUCAAUCGAGUUGUUUGUACACUUUGUCAAAUCGAUCUGCAUCUUCGGCUCACGUCCCAUCUGUUCAUCAUCCGGAUAUUUCCAGAAGAAGACGACUCCACGACGAAGGACAGCCCAGUAUCGUUCCCAGCUCGCCAUGUUGCUUAUUGUGUGGAACAUUGUCUAA